UUCAUAUUUGUGGAUCGAGCACUGUGUCAUUGUUCUUUGUACGGUCUGCUCAUCACAAUGAUAGAAUCUCAAAGAGCUUCCAUUCUGGAUAUAAAUAAAGGACACGAAUGAUAUAUGUAUGUUGAACUGCUUUCGCACCGCACGUAGCCAACCAUGCUAAUUAGAGGUUGCACUCUUACAGGCUAUUUGCACGUGGAUCGUGAUGAUGAUGGACGGAUGGAUGAAUGAAGAGUCCCAAUGGCCUCAUUCCCUGGAGCAAGGAGCCUCUGCCAGUCAUCGGCAUGACCGUUCGGCGACGUGGCAUUAUUUUGAGAUUCGUGCGCAUACCACACAUUCAUUUAUUUUCCACCACCAAAAUUAUUCACUAAAUAGGAGUCCUGUCCCUGUGUCGGAAUGCUAGGGGCGUGGUGCCAAGACGACGGCAAGCUGAACUGCAGGUCGGCGAAGCAAGGCUACCAGGUCUGCUCGCGAUCCUCAGUGGAGGCCGUGGAGGGUGGCUCUGCGAUGCUGCCCUGCACCUUCUCGUUCCCGGCUCACCUUCAGCCCAGCAGAGUUUCCGUGUCUUGGAGGUCGGACAUGUUCCGUGACUCCACGGUUUUCCAGAGCAUCGGCGGAUUCGUGCACGAGUCUCUCAGGGGCCGCCUCUCUCAGAAGGGAGACCUGGGCAGACGCGACGUGUCCAUUUUCAUCCGCGACAUCCGGAUCGACGACUUCAAGGUGUACGUCUGCCAGGUGAUGUUGUUCGAUGACAAGGUGGGCUACGAGGUCCACGUGUCCGACGGGAUCGAGCUGAAGCUAGGCAUUCGCUGCAAAAGCCAAGGUGAGCUGAGCUGCAGGUCCACAAGGCUGGGCUACCAGGUCUGUGCGCGAACCUCUGUGGAGGCCGUGGAGGGCGGCUCGGCAAUGCUGCCCUGCACCUUCUCGUACCCGGCUCACCUCCCGCCCAGCAGUGUUUCCGUGUCCUGGAGGCCGGACGGGCUUCACGAGGCCAUCACGUUCCAGAGCGCUGACCCGUUUCUGCGAGAGAACGUCCUCGGGGAUGACGGCAGGGGCCGCUUCUCCCUUGCGGGAAACCUGAGCACACACAACGCAUCCAUCUCGAUCCGCGACCUCAGACUGGACGACUUCAAGGCGUACGUCUGCCAGCCGGUCAUGUACUACGUGAACAAGGAGAUCGUCUUUCAAGUGUCCGAUCCAAUCAAGCUGAAGUUGAAAGAGCACACCGAAAUACCCGCAACCCCCAAGACAACGACGACGGCAGCAACAUUGUCAGCAGCACCAUCUCCUGCCGCGACGGCUCAAUGCCCUCUAGUUUCACGCGCUCCCAUCCACUCCGUCGCCGCUGCCGCUGUGCUCGGUUGGGCGGCGCUCCUCCUGGUGCUGGUGCUCGCAUGGAGGAGAUGCGCCGUGUGCGCCAAGAGGCGCCGGGCAAGAGAUGCACAACAGGAUAUCGGUGGUGAUGACAACAACUGCACUACUGACCUUGCAUCGUACGCAGAAUACGAGGUGGAGUGUGCCAAGUCCGAAGUUGAGGGGGUCUACAGUGACUGCAAGGAGCACUGCAACAUCUACGAUCGUCUGGAAGAGGCACAAGACUCAACGUUCGUGACCACAGCUGGAGGGGAUGAGCGUGGCGUGGAGUUAGGAUAUUGAGCCGAUCAGAGGCCAUCAAUCCCCAUAUGGUGUUCGCACACCUGAUAGGCUCAUCACAGUGAUGGCAUCAUCUUUACUCCCUCUAUUCUUCAUAAUUAUGAAAAAUCGCAUGAAGCUGGUUGUUGUUGUUGCUGCAAUCAUCAGCGAAACGUCACGGUUCUCGAAUUGUAAAUGUUGUGGAUUUGUUUAACACGUAGGCUUUCGCGACCAAUA